AAGUGAUCGCGAUAAAUAUAAAAAGUCAAAGGAGAGAAAUCUGGUGGUGAGAAGUGUGAAAUCAGUUGGAAGCGAGAGAGGCCGUCCAUUAUUCUCCAACCGGCCAAAAUGAAAACACCGAUUUUGCUUGCAAUCUGCAUGGUGCUGCUCGCCUGCCCAGGUGAGAGUGCCGUAAUAUGUCAGCUCGCAAGCUGGUCCGUGUAUAGGCCCGGCGGUGGCAAUUUCGAGAUAGCCAACAUUGAGCCGAGUCUGUGCACCCACGGAGUGUAUGUGUUCGCCGGCCUUGACUCCUCUGACCAAGUUGGAAGCCUCGACCCGUGGGCGGAUUUGGAGGAGGGCGGAGGAUUAGGAGGAUACGCGAAAUUCGUCGCGCUCAAGACGAUCAACCCCGCGUUUAAGCCAAUGCUCGCCCUAGGUGGAUGGGCGAACUCGGCGGCUCAUUACGCAGCGAUUGCAGCCAAUGCAACUCGCCGCGCCAAUCUGGCCACCAACGUGGUCGCCUACUUGAAAAAGUACGGAUUCGAGGGCGUUGAGAUCGACUGGCUCUACCCCAUCACCGCCAACGAUAAGACCAACUUCCCUCUGCUGCUCAGCGAACUGAAGAGUGCCCUCGCUCCUGAAGGUUUCGAGCUGAUUGCAACUGUCGGCUCCCUGGCAGAAACCAUCGACCGCGCUUACGACAUCAAGGAGAUGGAAAAGAGCCUGGAUUACUUCGUGCUGCUCGGCUACGACUACGACGGCCCGUGGAACCCGCAAACGGGCCUCAACUCGCCCCUUUACCUGGCCAACGAUAAUCCCCUUUGCGUGAAUGCGUCCGUCAACGCAUUCCUGCAAGGUGGCCUCGCGCCUGGAAAGCUGAUUGUGGGCAUCCCAGGUUACGGACACACAUUUACCCUCGUUUCCGAGCCGGAAAAUGGCAUCGGCGCUGAUGCGAUUGGAGCCGGAGACGGAGGCCCUUGGACUCAAGCACCUGGUACUCUCAGCUAUAAUGAGUUUGCUGCCAACGCCGCUGCAUGGACGGUCCGCAGGGACACGCUGAGCCAAGCGCCCUAUGCUUACAAAGGAAAUCAAUGGCUUUCUAUUGAGGACGAGACUUCCAUCGCGUUCAAGACGGAGUACAUUGUUUCGAAGCAACUGGGCGGAGCUGCAUUUUGGACAAUUGACGAGGACGAGUUGUCCAACCAAGCGUACACCCUCCUUCGCGCAAUCAACACUGGUCUUAAAAAAAAGUAAACGCGAUCAGUUGGUUGUUGUAUUAAAUUUAAAAAUAAAUUUAUUGUUUAAAAAAUA